AUGAAGGUCAAUGCUGUACUCUUCUCUGUCCAGUCAUCUGAUAUCUUUCUAUUUUAUGUGUACUUUAUGCAGAGCAAGUACAAAAACCAGAUGUUUUUCCAUAAGAAUGAAAAGAACAUUGAGAAUGCUUAUAAGGCACUGAUGGAGGAACUGGAGGAAUGCCAAGCUUUAGCUUUAGGACGUCUUUUUGGAAAUUUAAAAUGGAAAACUAUGAUGGAAGAACCUUUUAAAACAGUUUUGUUGUAUAUUCUUUACCAAGGUGAAACCAUGGAAGACUUAAGUAUAGCUGUGCAGAUGGUGAAAAGGAUCUGCUCUGUGAUGGAAAAACACCCAGAGCUUUGGCAGGAGGCAGACUGGCAACUCAUAGCCAGGUGCCUGCGGGGUUUAGGGUUCAAGGAGCUGGCGAGUUCUUUGCAUCCAGAGAACACUAAAAGCUAUAUUGUGAUUGUUCAGUUGUCUUUGUAUGAUUGUAGCUCAAGUCACAGGAAAGGGCAUAAAGGAGAAGAAAAAGGACAAAUACUCACAGUGGGCCUUGGGCCAGCCCAGUUUCAGCUGCAGUACAUGGGCCACCAUCUGGUUCAUGAUGAGAGGAAAGAUCCAGACCCCAGAGUUUAGGACUUCGUUCCUGACAACUGGCAGCAAGAGCUCCUGGACAUCGUGGACAAGAACAAGUCUGCAGUCAUCUCAGCCCCAAAGUCCUCUGGGAAGACCUAAGCCUCCUACUACUGCAUGGAGAGGGUGCUGCAUGAGGGCAAUGAGGGGGUGGUCGUGUAUGUGGCCCCCACCAAAGCCCUUCUCAAUUAAGCAGCAGCAACCAUUGAGAAUCGUUUUAACAAAAAUCUGCCAAAUAGGGAAAGUCUGUGUGGUGUUUUCACCUGGGACUAUUGUCAUGAUGCCCUGAACUCUCAGUGUUCUUGUUUGCGGGUGCUCAUCACAGUGCCUGCCUGCUUUGAAAUUCUCCUGCUGGCUCCGUACCACCAGGUGUGGAUGAAAAGGAUCAGAUACAUCAGAUUUGAUGAGGUCCACUGUCUUGGUGGGGAAAUUGGAGCAGAAAUCUGGGAGCAUCUCCUCAUUAUCCGCUGCCCCUUCCUGGCCCUUUCCACCACCAUCAGCAACCCGGAGCAUCUGACAAGGUGGCUACAAUCUGUAAAAUGGUACUGGAAUCAAGCAGACAGUAUGAUUGAAAAAAGUAUUGCUUCUACAAGAAAUGCCAGCUGCCGUGCCAGUUCCCACAAAAACUACUUGCUGAUGAAGCAGUCAUAUAAAGUGAGACUUGUGCUCUAUGAAGAGAGAUACAAUGACUUAGAGAAAUACAUAUGUUCAGUGAGCAAUCAUAAAAUUUCCUUUGACCAUUUUCACCUGUGUGCUGCGUUGACAACAGACCAUGUGAGUAGGUUUGGAUUCCCUUCCAAUCUUACCCUUUCACCUGGAGAAAUGGUCCAGCUUUAUGAUACCACCAUAUUUGAAUUCUGGAGAAGUUGUCUCAGAGCUCAGGAGUUAUGUCCAGAGGAAUUCAUUCAUUUUGAGAACAAAAUAGUCAUUAGGAAGAUGGAUGCUAGAAAGUAUAAAGAGAGCUUAAAGGCAGAACUGACAAGCUGGGUGAAGAAUGGCCACGCCAACAAGGCCAGAACGGUCCUGGAGAGUGUUCAUCCUCCUUCAGUCCACGGUCGUGUGGUUGUUAGUUCAGAAAACAUGACAGUUAUGUUUCCACUUCUCCGUAAGCUAAGGGAAAUUGAGAAGCUACCUGCAAGGUUUUUUCUGUGAUUUCAUUUAGCGGCUGUGGAGAGAAGGGCUGAAAGUGUGAAAAAGUUUCUACGGCAAAAGCAGGAGUGCAGAAGGCCCCCCAGGGCAGAUAAAGAGGCCCACGACAUGGCGAACAAACUGCACAAAGUGAAAAAAUCCAUGGAGAAAUACAAGACAGUAGAUGAAUAAAGCCAGAAAAAUCCCAGAAGAAUGGAUCAAAGCCUACUCCAUGAAGCUGAGCAUGAUAACCUACUCAAGGUUCUUGAGAAGAACUGGGAUAUCCCUCAGGACUGCACAUACAUGGACCAGAAGGCCAUCGAUGCUGAGACUCUUGAGAAUCUUACACAGACUGUGGGAAACGAGAAGAGAGGCUAGAAGCUGUGUGGUCUGUUACGGUGGGGCAGCAGGUACCAUCACGGGUCGAUGGAGAUUAGGCAGAGACAAAUGGUGGAGACACUCUUCAGGCUGAAGCACAUCAAGAUGGUAACAGCUACAUCAACUCUUUCUUUGGGAGUUAAUAUGCCAUGUAAAUCUGUUGUUUUUACAGAAGAUUUUUUUUUGGAUGCCUUAAACUUCCGACAGAUGUCUGGCCAUGCAGGCAGACGUGGGGAGGACCUCACAGGAAGUGUGUUCUUCUACAACAUCCCAUUACCCAAGACAGAACGGCUUCUGAGAUCAAAUGUGCCUGAACUGAAUGACCAGUUUCCUCUAAGUCUUUCCUUGGUUCUCAGACACAUGCUGUUAGUUGCCACAGAUGACAAGGAAGAUGCCAAUGCCAAGGCAUUGUCAGUUCUCCAAUGUUCACUCAUGUCCUUCAAGCAACCAAAUAUCAAGUGUGCAUUGAAAUUUUAUUUUAUAUAUUCUUUACAAUUCUUGGUCACAGAGGGAUUCCCGAAUCAAGAGUGCGUUCCCAUUGGAUAUUCUGGGCUUGUCUCCCAUUUACACUACCACGAACCCAAGUUCGUUUUAGUGAGCUUGCUGGUGAAAGGUUUAUUUCACAAGUUGUGUGUUCCAACCAACAUCAAAGUGAGUGAGUUAUGCGAAGACGAGGACAGCCGUGUUGUGCUGGCAUUUAAACAACUAGGUGACACUUUCGACAGAAAACUUGGGAGAAAAGAAAGGCCCUGACUGUGUCCAGUUUUCCUGAGCCCUGGGCACCUGGGAAACUCUGCUGGCCCAGAUGUCCCCUUGCGUGUCAGGAUGUGGUCACCACCCCUUCCCAUAUGGCUAAGAUGGGGCUUGUAGUGACUCCUUCUUACCCACGACCAUCCUCAACAUACCCUUGAGAGUCUUCUGCUUCGUCUCAUGUAGGAUGAGCUGGACUGAUUUCCCCUGCUGACCAACCAGACAAACAUUUGCUACAGAUAUUAGUCUUCUCCUGUCCACCCCACAGGUCUCUGAACUAUAUAACCCACCUUCAGGCUCCUCCUAAAAGCUGCCUGGAGGGGACCCCAGAUCUGUCCCCACCCAGUCCCUGUGAGGGUCACUGUGAGGUCAACGGUGCCAUCACACCACGUCCCCCACUCCCACACUGAUCCUCUCCAGCCUCGUGUACUGACUCUGUGAAUUGAAGCUGUUUCCUGCUGACCUUUGAGACCCUGCACACCCAUGGUCAGCGUCUUCCCUUUGUGUUCGCCUCCUCCACUUACCGCGGUAAAAUCUGCUUCCCUAAGUCCAGAGGUUUUUUUUCCCACACUAUGUCAAAGACACAAAAGAUAUUACUUAGCUAAAGUAUAAGUUUCACAAUUCCUUGAACAAUGUAUAUAAAGAUGUCUUAAGGUGAAAAAGAUCUAUUUCUGCUUUAUUGACUAUGCCAAAGCCUUUGGCUAUGUGGAUCACAAUAAACUGUGGAAAAUUCUGAAAGAGAUGAG